GGGGCUAUGUGGAUGUGCAGUCCAUCUGCGGCGAUACAGAUCAAAAACUGGACUAACAGAGGGUCUGCUUACGUAGCUCUUCGUACGAACUAAUUUUUGCUUCUUGGAGAAAGGAGGAAAAGUUUGCUUUCAGCGCGGGGUGGAAAUAGUUUAAAAAGCCGCCUUCUGCUCAACUGGCUGUGAGGACAUUUUUUUUUUUUGGGGGGGCGACCUGGAUUCAACUUUUGAUUUGCUCUUUGCUACCCCACAAAGUGAAGGUUGAUAUGCCACAUCAGUGAUGGAGCCCAUGACGGUGACUACGUCAGUGGUUGGACCAGAUGAGUUCGACCGCAAUGUCCCCCGGAUCUGCGGAGUGUGUGGCGACAAGGCCACCGGCUUUCACUUCAACGCCAUGACCUGUGAAGGCUGCAAGGGCUUCUUCAGGCGCAGUAUGAAACGUAAAGCCUCCUUCACCUGUCCGUUCAAUGGAAGCUGCACCAUCACCAAGGACAACCGGCGCCACUGCCAAGCCUGUCGUCUUAAACGCUGCAUUGACAUCGGCAUGAUGAAAGAGUUCAUACUGACAGAUGAGGAGGUUCAAAGGAAAAGGGAAAUGAUCAUGAAGAGGAAGGAGGAGGAGGCAGCCCGGGAGGCGCAAAGACCACGUCUGAAAGAGGAGGAGGCUCAGAUCAUCUCCUCCCUGGUGGAAGCGCACCACAAGACCUACGACACCUCCUAUUCUGACUUUACACGUUUUAGGCCUCCAGUGCGUGACGGCCCAGUAACACGCAGUGCCAGCAGAGCCGCCUCUCUUCACUCACUGUCUGAUGCCUCCUCUGAUUCAUUCAAUCACUCACCUGAGUCAGUGGACACCAAGGUGAACAUCUGCAGCCUGUACAUGAUGUACCAGGAUGGUGCUAGCAGUCCUGAUUCCUGCGAGGACGACACCAAGCUCUCCAUGCUACCCCACCUGGCUGACCUGGUCUCUUACAGCAUCCAGAAAGUCAUAGGCUUUGCCAAGAUGAUCCCAGGCUUCAGAGAUCUGACUGCAGAGGACCAGAUCGCUUUGUUAAAGUCGAGCGCCAUCGAAAUCAUCAUGCUGCGCUCCAACCAGUCGUUCAGUCUGGAUGACAUGUCCUGGAGCUGCGGAGGACCCGAUUUUAAAUACUGCGUCACCGAUGUUACAAAAGCGGGUCACACCCUGGAGCUGCUGGAGCCGCUGGUUAAGUUCCAAGUCGGUCUGAAGAAACUCAACCUGCAGGAGGAGGAACAUGUGCUGCUCAUGGCCAUCUGUCUGCUGUCUCCAGACCGCCCUGGUGUUCAAGACCAUGCUCGCAUUGAACAGCUUCAGGAUCGCCUGUCUGAGGUGUUACAGGCCUACAUCCGGGUCAACCACCCAGGGGGAGGCCUCCUCUACGCCAAGAUGAUCCAGAAACUGGCCGACCUUCGCAGUCUGAACGAGGAGCACUCCAAGCAGUACCGCUCUCUUUCCUUCCAGCCCGAGCACAGCAUGCAGCUCACCCCGCUCGUCCUGGAGGUGUUCGGCAGCGAGGUGUCGUAGCACCGCGGGAGGGGGAGGAUAAACAUUUGCAUUUACACACACUCAUCACACACAGGAUGAUUAACCAACCCUGGCAGUCUUUUCCUCAAGAAAAAUGAAGCCUUCAUAAAAACUUUGAACAAGUGGGGAAAAGAUGGAUGCUCACAUACGUAGACAAAUAUCUUCGGGAUCCCCUCAUUUCCCCGAUCAUCCAAACUAAACGUCAACCAUAACAAGACCUCUUGAUUCACAAACACAAGACGUGCAAAUAAGCUGAAGGUUCCUGCAGCUCUCGGAUCACCAGAUUAUAUUCUAACCUUUGUAAAGACAAUACUGCAAAACAGAAUUUCUCAUUUGCUUAUGCAGGUAUUUUAACUCGCUCAUCCUCACUAAUUUUCCACACCGUCAAAAUCCAACUUUUUGUUUCCAUCACCAUCUCUCUGGAGUUCGCUCCCUGCAGUUUUAUCGUACAGUGAAGACGACCCGAUGUCUGUCUGUCGCACCC